AUGGCUGUUGACUUGACACCUCGCGGUACAGUAGGGUGUUGCUACUAUGUUGCUAGGGAUGAGAAGUUGUUUUUCAUGGAAGACAUUCAGGUCGCGGACGUCGAUAUUGUUGAUACUUUAAAGACAUUUGUUGAUCCUACAGUCAUCCUUGUGUCAACGAAGAUUGACGACGUAGUGAUUGAUCGGUUCGACCCAGAGGCGAGGAGUCGUCAGUCUGUGAGCGGCGAUAACGACCAAUUCCGCUGUCCAUUCCUGUUGGAAGUAAGACCGCCCAGCGAGUUUGGUUACGAUGCGGCGAGAAUUAAGCUUGUGGGGCUGAGACUGGGUCUAGACGACGGCACUCGAGUCAAGUUCAACGUUCCUGGGGAGCACGUAGCAGUUGAUCAUCAUGACGAAGAAAGCACCGCUGGCCAACAGGGGCAACUGCUUCGCCUUGCUGGGUGGAUCGAUAUGGAGAGCCGAAUUACGGUGGGUUGUGCCGGUGCACUUCUUUCGUAUUUGCAACGCAGACGCGCUGCUGCAUAUCUCCCAGACGACCAUGCAGCACACCUGAUGUUUCGCGUCUCCACACUGGAGAUGUUCAGCCUUCGCGAAACAAUGUUCGUCAAUGCCGAUACUCUUCACUCCCUGCAGAUCAUGGAUGCAGAGUCACAUCCGCACUCGCACAAUCGAGGGCCGAAGGCUAGCUCCGGGGCAAAAGAGGGUUUGUCCGUGUAUGGUCUCUUUCAUCACCUCGCUCGAACACCACAGGGAAGAUUCCUACUCCGUCAGUACUUUCUCCGUCCCAGCCUGAAUCUCGAUGUCAUCAAUGAGCGUCUGGACACAGUCAGUGUUUUGGUGCGUACGGACAACGGUUCUCCUAUGAACGGUCUUGUUGCAAACAUGAAAAAUAUCAGCAACAUGCGCAUCAUGAUGAUCAAUCUCAGAAAAGGCAUUGGAGGCUCUACAAAGGGGAAGGGUGGUUUCUCGAAAAGCGUUUGGACAUCUAUCAGAGGGUUUGCGUUCCAUGCUCUGAAGAUCAAAGACACUUUUCAAGAAAUCCACGGCGGUGAAACUCUGGCUAUAAGAACCAAGGUGUUUGAGAAGUUCGAAGGCUACCCUUUAGCUCAAGUCGGUCGGAAGAUCAGCGAGACUGUGGAUUUCGACAAGUCUGCACAAGAAGUUCGGACUGUUAUACUUCCUGGUAUCGACGAAGAACUCGACGAGAUGAAGAGAACUCUUGAUGGAUUGGAAGACUUUCUCAAUCAGGUUGCAAGCAAGCUGUCUGAGAAGAUGCCAUCGGACGUCCGAGCAUCCUUAAAUGUGAUUUACUUCCCACAGAUUGGGUUUCUAGUUACAGUACCAACCGAUCCCGCAACUGGUGUCGCAAUCUAUGACGGCGGAUUUGACAACCCCUGGGAGAGGAUGUUUUCGACCGAGACACAGGUGUAUUUCAAGAACAACGAGAUGCGAGAAAUGGACGAUCAUUUUGGUGACGUCUAUGGCAUGAUAUCUGACCGCGAGAUCGAGAUUAGCCACGAAUUGGCUCAUUUGUUAGCGCUCGCACAGGGUGCGAAGAUGUACAACCUUUGCCGUCCCCGGAUGACACACGAAAACGUCAUACACAUCAAAGCCGGACGUCAUAUGCUUCAAGAGCUUACUGUCUCUUCCUUUGUCCCGAACGACGCUCUCCUAGUUGGCGGACCAGGUGAGGAUGCGUCUCAUGAUAACUCCAGCCAGCAACACGACGUGGCAAGCUCUCAUCAAGUCGUUUCCUCACAUCGCCGCGUUUACGAGCCCGAGAGUAGUCCGAGUAUGCUUGUCUUGACAGGACCGAAUUACUCGGGGAAGAGUGUUUACCUAAAGCAAGUGGCCCUGAUCGUUUUCAUGGCGCAUGUCGGAAGCUUCGUACCAGCGGAAAGUGCGAAGAUUGGACUGACGGACAAAAUUCUCUCUCGAGUCACUACACGAGAAACAGUCUCUCGGGUUCAGAGCGCCUUCAUGAUUGACCUACAGCAAAUCUCACUCGCCUUGAAUCUGGCUACACGCAGAAGCCUGCUUAUCAUAGACGAAUUUGGCAAGGGUACAGAGUCCAGUGAUGGGGCGGGACUGGCCUGCGCAGUCAUGGAACAUUUGAUAAGUUUGGGAAAUGAGAGACCCAAGGUUAUUGGUGCCACUCACUUCCAUGAGAUUUUCGAAAUGGGUUUUCUCAAGCCAAGGCCUGCCCUCGCGUUUGGACAUAUGGAAGUGCGAGUUGACUCCGAAGCAUCAGAAGUCAAUGAUCAGAUAACAUAUCUCUACAAUUUCCGCGACGGGCGCAGUACGUCCAGUUUUGGUACCUGCUGUGCCGCCAUGAAUGGAGUGCCUGCAGAAAUUGUACAACGCGCCGAGGAUCUCAUACUUAUUGCUAUGAGAGGUGAAGAUCUGGUAUCUGCAUGCUGUCAGAUGCCAGAAGAGGAAGCUGCGGAACUGGAGGAAGCAGUGAGCCAGUUCCCAACCCUCUUGAUGAACCAUCUAACCACGUACAAGGAACAAAUUGCUAGGGGUUUUCUGGAAGCAGAUGUGUAUCGAGAUCCAAAGAAGACUCUGGCAGAGAUCUUGACGGCUUCCACGACAUCAGAUUCACGCUUGUAGCUGUACAUCACUCCAACUAUCGUAACACACCCAUGGCCAUUUCGAGUUCUUUUUGGCACAAAAACGUAGUAAGAUGGGUUAUCUAUCCAACUCUGAGUUCGAGACGAUG